GCUGUUGUACCCCCUGUGAGCACGAGGGAGGGGGCAUUAUAGAUCUUGCCUUUUAUUACAACGAUCCCUCACUCCUUCACAGGGCCGCUCAUGACCACGAGUUUUUUUUUUUGAUGCACCCUAUGACAACACGAAAUUCAGUUCCUCAUUGCGCGCCGAUUCUUUUCUCGUGCGUAAUUCAACUUUAAUCACUAAAUGAAGCGCAAGUCGGAGCUUGUGUGAAGCGAAGCGGCAGCAGUAGCACUCGGAGAGGACCAUUUAAGGAAUAUAUUUGGAUUAUAGUCGCUGAACGGACUCGUGGAGAGCGGAUAACUUUCUGGAGUUAUGACGUCUGUAUGGAAGCGACUACAGCGCGUCGGUAAAAAGGCAUCAAAAUUUCAGUUCGUGGCGUCUUACCAGGAACUUGUCUUGGAGUGUACGAAAAAAUGGCAGCCGGACAAACUGAGGGUGGUGUGGACCAGGAGGAACAGACGCAUGUGCUCCAAGCUCCACAGUUGGCAGCCGGGCAUCAAGAACCCGUACAGAGGGAUGGUGGUGUGGCCCGUCCCCGAAAACAUCGACAUCUCUGUUACUCUGUUCAAGGAUCCUAAUGCAGAAGAAUUUGAGGACAAAGAGUGGACCUUUGUCCUUGAGGGGGAGAACAAGGGCCAUCGUAAAGUGCUGGCGUCCGCAGACAUCAACAUGAAGCGUUUUGCGAGCCCCACUCCAACACAGACUGACCUGACACUGAAGCUCAAGCCUCUGUCGGUGAAAGUGGUGGAGGCCACGCUCAAACUGUCCCUGUCCUGUGUCUUCAUCAGAGAAGGAAAAGCCACUGAUGAAGACAUGCAGAGUCUGGCCAGUCUAAUGAGUGUCAAACCCACUGACAUCGGGAACCUGGACGACUUCAAUGAGAGCGACGAAGACGAGGACAGGAAGUCUCUCAACGCAACAGCUGUUUCACACACUCUCAUUCGCCCAAACCGCCCAGCUCCUCCUCCUCCGUCAGAUCAGAAGCCAUUUGGCCCAUCUUCAGCCUCAUCCCGCCCACCUCUGCCCACCGCCCCUCGCCCUUCUCCACGCCACACCAGGCACUCCUUCUCCUCCGCUCCCGUCCAAUCAGAUCCUCAGCCCUCCCCUGGCCCCUCCCCUCAACCCUCCCCCCGAUCCAAGCAUAAAAAGUCAACCAUUCAAACCUCCGAUGGUAAACCUCAAGAUGUGCCUACCGCAUCUGUAACACUUCCCGACUCACUUCCUGUUGAUGCCGGUAACGUGGCAACCCUGUAUUCUAACAACACUCCCACAGAUUCAACUUCAUCUCCCAUUCCUUUACAAAUGACUAAAACAGAUUCGAAAGAGGUUGCUAUUUCGACUUCUAAACUGGCUCCAAAACAAGAACCAAGAACUGCCCCUUUGCCGUUAGUCUCAUCUGUAGAUAUUAUUAUAAAUUCCACAUCCGCACCCGCCCCUACACAACCUGCUGCCAAACCAAACCUGGAUAUGAAGACCUCUCUCAUCAAGCCCUCAGCACCCCAGUCCGACCCCGUCCCGCAAUCUCUCUCUCAUCCCCCUUCUCUCCCCAAAAUCUUCCAGUCAGGGCCAACAAAAGUUCCUGUUUCUACUCAACACCGCCCCCCAGAGGCUGAAUCUGAACAUGAUGUGACUUCAGCUACUGGCCGCUCACACAUUUUCAAGCCUCACAUCGUCACCCCUGUCGCUCGCCCUUCCUCUCCCUCACCCUUUUCUCCUGAUGCUCCUGCUUCAACUCAAGUUCCUCCUUCUAAAUCUGCUUCAGAGACAGGGGGCGCAGUAGGUGCUCCAGACCCCGCUCCUGUCCCUCUGCUGACCAGUCCAGAUCUGGAUGCCCUGUGUGACCCCCUGACUCCUGCACCUCUCUCCACCCUUCCUCUGUCUUUACCCCAACGUGCACCCGCCCCACAAAUGUCAUCCACCCCUUCUCAAAAUAGUGUUUCUGCAAAGAUACAUAAACGCCACUCAGGACCAUCUCUGAGCAUUGUUGAAGAGGAAACUGUUACAGAGGAAACAAAUAACCAUGUGACUCCAAACAUAAGUAGACCCCAAGAACCAGUGAAAACAACAACUCGACCUGGCACAGCACAAACUGAGAAACAAAGCUCGGGCCAGUCCCACACAGAGCUGAUUGUAGCCCCACCCCCUCCCUGGCCCUUCUCCAUGAGCGACAGCAGUGCUCCUCAGCAGCCCUCCACCAGCGUUGUAGCAGCUUUUAUCACUCCCAAAAGAGAGUUAGACACAAAGCUGGAGCAUACUGCCAGUAAAGUUAACGAUGACACGCCCCCAUUAGCUGAGCUGGAGGAUAUUUUUGAAUCACCCGACCAAUCACAAGACUCCGCUGGUCUGUUUUUGGAGGACGAUGACUCUAAAAGCGACACAAUCAAAAGAUGUCCUCCUGGUUCUGAACAGAAAACGACGGCAGUACAGUCACAAGAAGCACCAAAAGAGAAAGAGAUCAAAAAGAAAGAAGAAGAUCGUAAAAGAGAGGAAGAGAAACGAAAACAUGAGGAGGAGAAGAAAAAACUUUUGGAGCAGGAAAAGAAACGGCUUUUGGAGGAGGAGAAGAGGAGGGUUAUAGAGGAAGGACGAGAGGUUGAGAAGGAAAAGGAGAGACGGAGGCAAGAGGAGGAGAGAUUGCUGAAACAGAAGAAGGAGAGACGUGAGGAAGACGAGAGGAGGAAACAGGAAGAAGGAAAGCGGAGGAAGGAGGAGGAGAGGAAACAAGGGGAGAAGUUAAGGAAAGAGGAGGAGGAGAGGAGGCAAGAGAAGGAAAGGAUUUUAAAGGAAGAAAAGGAGAGGAAGAGAGAGGCGGAGGAACGAAUUAAGCGAGAGGAAGAGAAUAGAAGGAAGAUGGAGGAAAAAAGAUUAAAAGAGGAAAAGGAGAGAAAAGAAAUUGAGGAAAGGAAGAAGAGAGAGGAAGAGGAAAGGAAACGACUUGAGGAGGAAAAGAGGAGGCAGGAAGAAGAAAGAAAACGGGUAGAGGAGGAGAAAAGGAGAAAGAUGGAGGAGAUGAGAUUAAAAGAAGAAAAAGAAAGAAAGGAAAUGGAGGAAAAGAGGAAGCGAGAGGAAGAGGAGAGGAAACGAAAAGAAGCUGAAGAGAAGAAAAGGAGAGAGGAGGAGGAGAGGAGACGAAUUGAGGAAGAAAAACUUAGAAAAGAGCAAGAACUGAGAGAAAAACAGGAGAGAGAAAGAAAACAAAAGGAGGAAGAGGAGAAAAAACUGAUGGAGGAAAAAAGGAAGAGAGAGGAAGAAGAAAGGAAAAUAAAAGAAGCUGAGGAGAAGAAAAGGAGAGAGGAGGAGGACAGGAGGAAAACUGAGGAAGAAAGACUUAGAAAAGAACAAGAACUGAGAGAGAAACAAGAGAGAGAACGAAAACAAAAAGAGAUGGAGGAAAAGAGGAAGAGAGAGGAAGAAGAGAGGAAGCAAAAAGAAGCAGAGGAAAGAAAGAGGAGAGAGGAGGAGGAGAGGAAACGAAUUGAGGAAGAAAAACUUAGAAAAGAGCAAGAGCUGAGAGAAAAACAAGACAGAGAAAGAAAACAAAAAGAAAUGGAGGAAAAGAAGAAGAGAGAGGAAGAAGAAAGGAAACGAAAAGAAGCCGAGGAAAGAAAGAGGAGAGAGGAGGAGGAGAGGAGACGAAUUGAAGAAGAAAAACUUAAAAAAGAGCAAGAAAUGAGAGAUAAACAAGAGAGAGAAAGAAAACAAAAAGAGAUGGAAAAGAAGAAGAGAGAGGAAGAAGAGAGAAAGCAAAAAGAAGCUGAGGAGAAGAAAAGGAAAGAGGAGGAGGAGAGGAAACGAAUUGAGGAAGAAAAGCUAAAGAAAGAGAUAGAAUUGAAAAAGCAGCAAGAGGAGAUGAGACGAAAGCUAGAAGAGAAAAGAUUAAAAGACGAAAAAGAGAGAAAGGAAAUGGAGGAAAAGAGGAGGAGAGAGGAAGAAGAGAGGAAACAAAAAGCUGAGGAGGAAAAGAAAAGGAGAGAGGAGGAGAGGAGACGAAUCGAGGAAGAAAAGCUUAGAAGAGAGCAAGAGCUGAGAGAAAAACAAGAGAGAGAAAGAAAACAAAAAGAGGAAGAGGAGAAAAAACUGAUGGAGGAAAAAAGGAAGAGAGAGGAAGAAGAAAGGAAACGAAAAGAAGCUGAGGAGAAGAAAAGGAGAGAGGAGGAGGAGAGGAAACAAAUUGAGGAAGAAAAACUUAGAAAAGAGCAAGAGCUGAGAGAAAAACAAGAGAGAGAAAGAAAACAAAAAGAGGAAGAGGAGAAAAAAAUGAUGGAGGAAAAAAGGAAGAGAGAGGAAGAAGAAAGGAAACGAAAAGCUGAAGAGGAAAAGAAAAGGAGAGAGGAGGAGAGGAGACGAAUCGAGGAAGAAAAGCUUAGAAAAGAGCAAGAACUAAGAGAAAAACAAGAGCGAGAAAGAAAACAAAAAGAGAUGGAGGAAAAGAGUAAGAGAGAGGAAGAAGAGAGGAAACGAAAAGAAGCUGAGGAGAAGAAAAGGAGAGAGGAGGAGAGGAAACGACUUGAAGAAGAAAAACGUAGAAAAGAGCAAGAGUUAAGAGAAAAACAAGAAAGAGAAAGAAAACAAAAAGAGGAGGAGGAGAGGAGACGUCAAGAUGAACUGAGGAGAGAACAAGAGAGGAAGAAAAAACAAGAAGAAGAAAUGAAAAAGAAAAUGGAGGAAGAAAGGAGAGCGGAGGAGAAAAGACAUCUUGAACGAGAAGAAAAACUUAAAAAAGAAAACGAACAAAGAGAGAAGGAAAGAAUUCGACAAGAGGAGGAGAGAAAGCGAGCGAUGGAGGAGAAAAGACUGAAGGAAGAAAAGGAGAGAAAAGAAAUGGAGGAAAAGAGGAAGAGAGAGGAAGAGGAAAGGAAACGAAAAGAAGCUGAGGAGAAGAAAAGGAGAGAGGAGGAGGAGAGGAGACGACUCGAGGAAGAAGAAAAACUUAGAAAAGAGCAAGAGCUGAGAGAAAAACAAGAGCGAGAAAGAAAACAAAAAGAAGAAGAGGAGAAAAAACUGAUGGAGGAAAAGAGGAAGAAAGAGGAAGAAGAAAGGAAACGAAAAGAAGCUGAGGAGAAGAAAAGGAGAGAGGAGGAGGAGAGGAGACGACUGGCGGAAGAAAAACAAGAGAGAGAAAGAAAACAAAAGGAGGAGGAAGAAAGGAGACUUCAGGAAAAACUGAGGAAAGAGGAAGAGGAGAGGAAAAAACAAGAAGAGGAAAUUAAAAGGAAAAUGGAGGAGGAGAGGAGACGACUUGAGGAAGAAAAACUUAAGAGAGAAAUAGAAAUGAAGAGACAACAAGAGGAGAAAAUACGCCAAGAAGAACUGAGACGUGUAGAGGAAGAAAAACUUAAAAAAGAGAAAGAGCUCAGAGAAAAACAAGAAAGAGAAAGGAAACAAAAAGAGGAGGAAGAGAGGAGACGACUUGAGGAAGAAAGACUUAAAAAAGAGAAAGAGCUUAGAGAAAAACAGGAAAGAGAAAGAAAACAUAAAGAGGAGGAAGAAAGGAGACGUCAAGAAGAACUGAGGAGAGAACAAGAGAAGAAAAGACAGGAAGAGGAAAUGAAAAAGAAAAUGGAAGAAGAGAAAAAACGUUUGGAGAAAGAAAAAGAAGAAAGAAAAAGAAAGGAGGAAGAGGAGAGAGUGAGGAGGGAAGAGGAGAAAAGACAGAAAGAACAAGAGAGGAAGAAACACGAGGAGGAAGUGAAAAGACGGCUGGAGGAGGAAAUAAAGAAGGAGAGACGACGGCAACAGGAAGAGGAACUGAAGAAGAAAAAGGAGGAAGAGAUGAGACAAAUUGAGGAAGAAAGAAAAAGAAAAGAAAAGCAGGAGAGGAAACGUCGGGAAGAAGAGGAGAGAAAAGCAAAAGAACUACAAAUGGAAAGAGAGAAAGACGAAGCGAGGAAAAGGACGGAAGAGCUAAACAGGAAACAGGAAGCUGAGAGGAUGAGUAGAAAAAUGGCCGCGGUUUUGAAUGAGGAAGAUCUCAACAAAUCGGACGAAGAUAAACAGAAGAUGAGAGGUUUACCUUUUAGUUUGAUCGACACUACGUCCAAAGUCACGCAUAAACCUCCUCUCGCCGUAAAAGCCCCUCCAAGUGCCCUCUCAGCUUCACGCCUCCCUCCUCUGGACAAACCCAGCAUUACGUCUGAGCCUCCCAAAAGCUUCAGCCAAUCACAGGACUCCAAAGAGCGUCUUGAACAUCCCUCUUCCACAAAGUCAUCCUCAAUCUCAAACAAAAUUCCAACUUCCAAAACCCCUCCAAGUACAACAAAGCAAAUUGUUCAAGUUCAAGAGAAAUCAUUGCCUGCAGAUGCCAUGGCUACAGUACCAGCUCCACAAAAGCUAGCAGUGGCUGAAAUCCCUUUGUGGAAAAAACUGGAAGAAAAAACAGAGGCAGAAACUGAAAAAGAAACCACCAUGGAAGUUAUUGCACCAGAUCUAAAAGAUUUGAGAAGAGGAAUGAACGAUUUGAAGACAGAAUCUGAAAUAAAACCAGCUGUACAGGCUAAAAUACCAGAAAGCAUUUUGCCUAUUCAACCAACUGCCCCAUUGGUUAAAGAGGAACCAAAGAGACCUAGCGUUGAACCAGCAACCCAGCCGGAACCCUGCCCCAAACCAAGUACAGAACACAUUGCUCUAGACCUGGCGCCACUUCUUCCUUCAAAAUUACAAACAGACCAAGUCCCACAGGCGAGCUCACAACAGGAUACAACCAAUGUAGAAGUGAAGGACAAUGAGAAGCCUGUUUUGGAGGCAGAGAAACAGCUUUGGGGCAGAGUGGAGGAAAGCACUGCAGAGACAGAGAGAGACAGAGAGAGGAGCUGUACCGAAAAGAAGGGUGUGACUGCAGGAGUUACUCAAGCAACUUCUGUCCAGCCAAAAAUGGGAAUCAAUGAAAAACCACCCCAUAAAGCAACUUCAAACUCCACUAUCCCUGAUGAGGAUGCCUUUGCUGUUGCGAUUUCACCUCCCAAAGACUUCUGUGACACCGUAGAGGGUCAAGCUUCAACCAAAAAACAAGAUCCUUCCAAAGAGACACUUAGUUUUGUUGCAAGUCUUCGCCUAGCUGCAAGUGAGAAAGAAAAAGAACAACUUGAGCAGGAGAAACUGAAAAAAGAGGAAGACAUUUUAACAAUACAGGAACAAAACAAAACAAAAGAGAAACAUGCCAAAGAUGGAGUUAAAGAAAAUACAAAGAAAACUGAACCAGUGCAAAAGAAAUUAAACAACUUCCCCCCUUUGAGAGAGGCUGAACUGCAUGAUAUAACUGUUGAAAAGCAACCAUGUAAAGACCAAACAGCAACGAGAUCUGAUGUUAACCUGCCAAAUCAGACUGUUUCCAAAACUGACAAUGCCCCUUCAACAAAGCCAAUGACCAAAGCAGGAAAUUCUGUGACAAAACCCAAAAAUGUCCCAUCUGGUGCUAUUCCAGUGUGGAUGAAGCAAGAGGAAGAUGAGGGGGUAGAGUAUGAGACAGGGCAUGAAGAUUUGGGGUCCGUUUGGCUGGCAGAGCUGUACAUGGACAGGACUGCAGGGCCCAAAGUCAAACUAUCAGAAAACACUGAUGGAUUACAGAAGACAUCGCUCCCAGAGAAGACACUUAAUUGUCCAUCUCAAAAUGGCAACCACAUUUCCAAAACAAAAACGGUUGUAGACAGCAGUCCCUCUCCCUCACAUACAUAUGAAAUAUCAACAUCCAGACUUCCAACGUUAAUAGAAGAGGAGACCCCAGAAGUGAAAACUAAGUCCACAAGUGCAGGGACAGUGGUUAAAAAAGAAGCAGAUGGAAAGGAGCACCCAAAAGAGGACCUGGUGAACUCGAGUCAGUCUCUGCUGCAGUGGUGUCAGGACAUCACCCAAAACUACAGAGGGGUCAAAAUCACCAACUUCAGCACGUCCUGGAGGAACGGACUCGCCUUCUGUGCCAUUUUGCACCACUUCCACCCAGAGAAAAUUGAGUUUGAUAAAUUGGAUCCUCAUGAUAUCAAGAUCAACAAUAAGAAGGCAUUUGAUGGUUUUGAGUCCGUGGGUAUCUCUCGUCUCCUGGAACCGCUGGACAUGGUGCUGCUGUCUGUCCCGGACCGGCUCAUCGUCAUGACGUACCUGAGUCAGAUCCGCUCCCACUUCACCCACCAGGAGCUAAGCGUGCUGCAGAUCGAACACAACAGCAGCCAAUCCAGCUACGGGCUGCCCCUCUCUGGCCCUGCCCCUUCCCAAACAGACGCUGAGGCCUUCUGCAUGGCCCGGCUCAACGAGGGGGGCAGUCUGGAGGAGGGAGGGGGAGCACUGGUCGUCCCACCACCCAGAGCCAAGAAAGUGGGCAAAGGGGAAGAUUCAAAAACCCCAGUUGCACCUCCCAGGGCCACUAACAAAACAGUCAAAUCUCAGCAGGAUGAAGAUACAAGCAAGAGUAUAGAGCAGCAAAGUAAAACUGAGAUAGAGGCUCCUAAACCAGCAGAGGAGACUAUGCGACUUCAGGACACCAGUCAAUACGUCCUGAGUGAACUGUCCGCUCUGGAGACGGAGCAGAAACACAUUGACAGCAGAGCGGCCGUGGUGGAGAGGAGACUGAGGAGCCUCAUGGAAACUGGAAGCGAUCGGGAUGAAGAAGAGCGUCUGAUCCAGGAGUGGUUUACUUUAGUGAACAAGAAAAAUGCACUUAUACGAAGACAAGAUCACCUUGAACUCCUACAAGAGGAGCAGGACUUGGAGAGGCGGUUUGAACUACUCACCAGAGAACUACGGGUCAUGAUGGCCAUUGAAGACUGGCAGAAAUCCUCAGCUCAGCAGCAGAGGGAACAGCUGCUUCUUCAGGAGCUGGUGUCUUUGGUGAAUCAGCGAGAUGAGAUUAUCAGGGAUAUAGAUGCCAAAGAGAGAGUGGCUCUGGAGGAGGACGAGCGACUGGAGCGCGGUCUGGAGAUGAGGAGGAGAAAAUACAGCAACAAAGACAAAUGUGUUCUUCAGUGAAAUCUGUGCUUGUUUGCCAUGGAGACUGUUCUGACAAUUCAAUUCCAUUCUGUCUUAAAUUAAUAGUAUUAUUUUAAUUUGUAUAUUAUUUAUUUCAAAAUAAUGCUGUGUUUCUUUUGCACAUAGAUUUAAGUGUGUCUUAUUGUUCAGUAUUUAAAAUGGUUUUGUAUUGAAAAUAUGGGAUUUAGAAUUUUGUUUUAAGAUUUUUUUUUUCAGUGUUUAACUAGUGCACUCCAAGAGAGAAGAGAAAAUGCCAUAAGAAACUGUUGAGGCUGUUUGUACAUUCUGCACACUCACUUAUAUAUGGCCUACAUUUUGAAAGUGGUCUUACAAAGGUGAUGAACAGAAAAAAAUAAAUAAAUACAACUCUUUAAAUAAAUAUUGAGCUGGACUCAAAAUUUUAAUUUGUUAUAGGCCUAAUAAUUGUGGUGGGGAAUGUAAUUGUCAAUAAAGUAUCUCUAUGAGUGGCUCAAUUUCUAGUUCUUUUGCACAAAUUACCACACGUGCCUUCUAAAAUAGUAUGCAGUUUUGAUGUGAAAAAGAUGUAUAGAGGUUUUGUGUGCUGAGUGUUUUAGAAGAUGGUACACUGGUUUUCAGACGCCAGUCAUGUUUAAUAUAUUUAUAUCUGUGCAGUGAGAGGAAUGUGGAUGGUAAAAAAAAAAAUUAAAAAUAAAAAAGUUUCAUUGCUAAA